AUGAGCAAGAACCCCUUUCCCACAGGAAGCACCAAUGCCACAACUCGACCUUUGGAGCUCGUGCACAGCGACAUCAUGGACCUGGGUGAUGCUCACCCUUCCCUUCGCUAUGUGCUGACGCUCAAGGACGACUACACCAACUACCUGUGGGUGGCGCCGUUGGCUCGCCGGUCCGACAUGGCUGCAGUUUUCUCGGCUUGGCACCGUGAGAUGAAGACCAAGCUGCCCAAGAUGCCGCUGGCUGCCUUGCGCACGGACAACGGGGGGGAGUAUACAUCAAACGCAUUCACGGAUUACCUGAGUUCUCACGCAGAACAACAUGGACCUACGACCAAUGACGCAGCUCAAGAAGACCCACCAGCAGCUACUGAAGCUGAUAUAGGAGAAGAGACAGGGGAAAGUGACUUACCAGCGGCAGGCAUCUCUGUUUGUGAAGGUGCAGACAACAACGAACCAGAAAAUGACGCAGGUCAUCUAUACAACUAUGCCUACCCACCCGAUGGGAUCCCGCUGGCUGCUCCUGACGUGCCACCAAGGCGGGUUCACUUCAACCCAACAGUGACAGUACUUGGAGGAGAAGGACAAGGGAUGGACAAAAUGACAGGACUGGACAUACUGUUUGGGAGGCGGCAGGCAGGACAAACAUUCACACGAUUUCCCAACGUGCAGCAGCAGAACGUACUGGGAUGUGCAGCAACCGACGUCCCCAUGGUGGAGCUGACAUACAAAGAACCAAAAACACUUCACGAAAUGACCAAGGACCCGUACGCACCUCUUUGGCAAGCCGCUGUGGAUGCAGAAUUGGCCAAGUUCGAUGACCUGGAUGCAUACGAAGUGGUGGACAGAGCGGACGUACCAAAAGGAACACCAGUGCUGUCGGAAGGAGUCGUUCUACGGGACCCAGUGUGGCUACUCACUUACGUUGACGACAUCCUCAUCCAGUCUCAUGACGCAGAAGGCAUUGACGCUGUGAUUCAACACUUGAAGCAGCACUUUACCUUAACGGUCAGCAAGACCAUGACACAGUUUUUGGGGCUCAACGUCGCCGCGGACAAUGACUCGAUCGCACUCGGACUCACAAAGUACAUCUCACAGGCUUUGGCGACAUUCGGGAUGGAGGGCAGCCGUUCCGGAGUUCGGACACCGAUCGCCAAGAAACCUGGACCACAAGGAGAACCACCGGACGAGAUUGAUGGUCAAUUGGUGCUGAAACAAGUUGGGACAUUGCUGUACAUCUCAACAGCAGGGCGGCCGGACAUAACAUAUGCGGCGCAUGUGCUGGCCAGGCAAGCAAGCAAACCAACAGCAGCGACAGUGCUUGGAAUCCACCGGGUGUUCAACUACUUACAGAACACUGCAAACAUGGGGCUGGUGUAUGGAGGAGGAGACUUGGUGCUCCGUGGAUAUACGGACUCGGAUUAUGCGAACGAAGAGGGGCGUCACUCAGUUGGAGGCUACGUGUUUACCUUGGGAGGAGCUGCUGUCAGCUGGAGGACCAAACGACAAACGGUCAUUGCGACAUCAACAGCUGAAGCAGAAUACAUUGCACUGUUUGAAGGAGCAAGGGAAGCCACAUACCUUCGCCGCUUGUGUGAAGACCUCGGUUUUCAACAGCAAGAACCUACCGUCAUCUUUGUGGAUAACCAAAGCGCCAUUGCGCUUGCAACCGGGGAGCAGAUGAGUCAACGUAUCAAGCACAUGGACGUACGUUACCAUUGGACGAGGAAGGCCGUUCGUGAUGGCGUUGUGCGGCCGGAGUACUGCCCAACAACUCAGCAAGCUGCGGAUUAUCUUACCAAGCCCCUCACAGCGAAACAACAUCUCACCUGCAGCCACUUGUGCGGUCUCCAACCUAUUUCACAUGUAGCACCAUCUGCACCCAGUACUCACAUUGAAGCUGCUGGAGCUGCACUCUCAAGUCCGGGCUUCUCAAGGGGAGCUGAACAACACGGCAUCACGUAA